UGGCACUUAUGAGGAGUGUACUUCAAGAGUCCAAAAUAAGCUCCCUCAAAAGCUUAAGGAUCCUGUCAGCUUCACGAUUCCUGUGCGCAUUGGUUAUAUUGAUGUGGGUCAUGCUCUUUGCGAUUUGGGGGCGAGCAUAAAUCUGAUGCCCCUAUCUUUGUUCAAGCAAUUGGUCCUGGGAGCUCUAAGGCCCACUACUGUGAUGUUGCAGCUGGCUGAUAGAUCGAUAGCACAACUUGAAGGGGUGAUUGAAGAUGUGUUGAUGCAGAUUGGGAAAUUCAUCUUCCCUGCUGAUUUCAUUAUCCUCGAUUAUGAGGUUGAUGAACUGGUUCCAAUCAUAUUAGGGUGA